CGCUGAAGCUGCUCAGUUAGCCGCAGUGAGCUCGGGCUUCUCGGUGGCCAGACGCUCCCGGCAGCGCCAUGGAGCAAAACUCGGGGCAGGAAGCGGCGGCGGCUGCUGCUGCUGCUGCAGCGCCCGAUCCGCUCCCGCAGGUGCCCCCGUCCGGCUCGCGCGGGCUCGGGGGCAUCGGCUCGGCUGAAGCGCUGGCGGCGUUGGGCGCAAUCGGGCGGCGGCUGCUCUGGUUGCUCCCGGUGUACCUGGCGGGCCGGGCGGGGCUCAGCCUGGGCUUCGUGGUGGCCGGGGUGGCCCUCUACAUGGGCUGGCGGGGCCGGCGGCGGGGCAAGGAGCGGUCGCUGCGGAUGGCUGGGCUGCUGCUGAGCGACGAAGAGGGGACGGUGAGCUCCGCGGCCGCCACCGACGGCCUGGGCCGGAGCCUGGGGAAGAGCGAUCUGCCCGCCUGGGUCAACUUCCAUGAUGUUGAAAAAGUGGAAUGGCUCAACAAGAUUCUGGCCCAGGCGUGGCCCUUCUUUGGCCAGUACAUGGAGAAGCUGCUGGUGGAGAACAUCACACCAAGCAUCCGGGCCUCCAACAGCCAUUUGCAGACCUUGACCUUCAGCAAAGUCGACAUGGGGGAGAAGCCGCUCAAAAUCCUUGGAGUCAAGGUUCACACUGGCAUGAACAAGAAGCAGAUAUUGCUGGACUUAACAGUCAGCUAUGUUGGAGAUGUUCAGAUUGAUGUCGAAGUGAAGAAGUAUUUCUGUAAGGCUGGCGUGAAGGGCAUGCAGCUGCAUGGCAUGUUACGGGUCAUCUUGGAACCCUUGAUAGGGGAUGUCCCGAUUGUAGGGGCACUCACCGUGUUCUUUAUCCGCCGGCCAACUCUGGACAUCAACUGGACUGGAUUUACCAACCUCUUAGACAUCCCUGGGCUGAGCUCCGUUUCUGACACCAUGAUCAUGGACGCCAUCGCCUCUUUCUUGGUUCUGCCCAACCGCUUGCUCAUCCCAUUGAUCCCUGACUUGCACGAUGCUGCAGAGCUCCGCUCCCCGGUGCCUAGGGGUGUUGUCCGUGUGCAUCUGAUACAGGCCAAGGACCUGCAGUCCAAGGAUAAGUACAUCAAGGGGAUGAUCGAGGGCAAGUCAGACCCGUAUGCCGUUGUGCGUGUGGGUACCCAGGUCUUUACCAGCAAGAUCAUUGAUGAAGAUCUCAACCCCACGUGGAACGAGAUGUAUGAGUUCAUUGUACAUGAAGUGCCAGGACAGGAGCUGGAAGUGGAGCUGUAUGACAAGGACCCGGAUCAGGAUGACUUCUUGGGCAGGAUGAAGCUGGACUUUGGGGAGCUGCUCAGGGCUCGUAUGCUAGAGGAGUGGUUUCCUUUACAAGAUGGUGGCCGGGCUCGUGUGCAUCUGCGCCUGGAGUGGCUGACGCUUAUGUCAGAUCCCUCCAAGCUGGAUCAGGUUCUACAGAGGAACAAAACUAUCUCCUCCAAGCCAGAGCCUCCAUCAGCUGCCAUCUUGGUUGUCUAUCUGGACAAGGCUCAAGAUCUCCCACUGAAGAAAUCCAGCAAGGAGCCAAAUCCUGUAGUACAACUUUCUAUCCAAGAUGUCACUCGUGAGAGCAGGGUUGUCUAUAGCACCGCCUCCCCUGUCUGGGAUGACGCCUUCCGUUUCUUCCUGCAAAACCCAGCCAAAGAGGAUAUUGAUAUACAGGUCAAAGAUGAUAACCGCCAGACUACGCUGGGCUCCCUCACUAUCCCCUUGUCCCGCUUGCUGAGUGCCGAUGGUAUGACGCUGGACCAGGGGUUCCAGCUGGAGAACUCUGGAUCCAACAGCCGCAUCUACAUGAAACUCAUCAUGCGGGUCUUAUAUUUUGAUGCCCCUGAAGUUUGCUCCACCCCCCGGCCGUGUCCUCCAGGACAUCUGAAUGUUACCGAGAGCACCUAUGUCGGCAGCAGCGUCGACAAGUCUCCUCGGCCUCUUACAGCCAGCCCAGAUGCCCAGUUUGGCACCGAGAACGUGAUUCGUAUUCACCUUCUGGAGGCUGAGAACCUCAUUGCCAAAGAUAACUUCAUGGGUGGGAUGAUCAAGGGCAAAUCGGACCCUUAUGUCAAAGUGCGCUUAGGUGGCCAGAAGUUCCGCAGCCGCGUCAUCAAAGAAGAGCUCAACCCCCGCUGGAGUGAGAUCUACGAGGUCAUAGUGACUGAUGUCCCAGGCCAGGAGGUGGAGUUUGAUUUGUACGACAAAGAUGUUGACAAAGACGACUUCUUGGGAAGGUGUAAGAUCCCUCUGAGACGAGCACUAACCUGCAAGUUUGUUGAUGAGUGGCUCCCCCUAGAGGAUGUGAAAUCAGGACGGCUCCAUGUGAAGCUGGAAUGCCUGUCCCCCAUUCCUAGUGCUGCUGAGCUGGAGCAGGUGCUAAUGGUUAACAGUUUGAUCCAGACACCAAAGAGUGAAGAACUGUCGUCUGCCUUAUUGUCUGUCUUCCUUGACAGGGCAGCUGAGUUGCCGCUAAAGAAGGGCUCAAAACCCCCAAAUCCAUAUGUCAGUCUCUCUGUCCGUGGCACCUCCUAUAAGACCAAGGUUGCCUCUCAGACAGCAGAUCCAGUGUGGGACGAAUCUUUCUCCUUCCUUAUCAAGAGGCCUCACGCAGAGUCUUUGGAGUUGCAGGUGAAGGAUGACGGGCAUGUGGUGGGUAUGCUGUCACUUCCACUUUCACAGCUGCUGGUGGCAGAGGGGCUCUUCCUCGACCGCUGGUUCCCACUCAGCAACUCUGGUCCUGGCAGCCAGAUCCUGAUGCGGGUGCAGCUGGGGCUUCUUAUCUCGCAUCACUCUGGUGUGGAGGCCCUUAAUAAUGCGGCAGCAGAAGAGAAUGGAGAAAGCUCCCAGAAGGGGUCUGAGACAGAACUGUGUAUCAGGGAGGACGGGGACUCUGGUUCCACACAGGAGCUGCGCCAGCGCAUGCCACAUGCCCACAGCAGCAACUCAGAGCUGACAGACUCACCCCUGGGCCAGCUGCGUCUCACUGUUUGGUACCACGUGGAUGCACGCAAACUUGUUGCAAUUGUGCAUAGCUGCAGAAAUCUUAAGUCAAAUGCCAAGGAUCUUCCAGAUCUCUAUGUAUCUCUCAUCCUUCUGCCUGACAAAUCUCGCGUUAGCAAGAGAAAGACCACUCUGCGGAAGAAGACUCUUAAUCCGGAGUUCAAUGAAAAAUUUGAAUGGGAUCUACCUUUGGAAGAAGCUCAGCGAAGGAAGCUGGAAGCCUACAUUAAAAAUGGUGCCUCUUUCAUGUCACGACCAGAGCCAAUUGGAAAGGUGCACCUUGACCUCUCGCAGAAGGACCUGACUCAAGGCGCUGCCCAGUGGUACGACUUAAAAGAUGAUAAAAGCAGCUCCUAGUCACCACAGUGCCUCCUUUCUGAAACGUCACCUGUCCAGGUGUUGAAGGGCUGGCAUGAACAUCCCCACCACCUUCACUGCAGGAUUCCAAGCUCACCCCCUGUCAGAUGAGCUUUCAGUGUUUUGUUUUUAAGCAAUCAUAGCGUUACAUUUUUAGACUCUUCUUUUUCAACGUGAAACCGGUAGGGGUUGAGCAUUGACUUCCGGGCAGGUUUUAAAGUAGGCGGGUGGAUUCACGUCCUGCAUUCACCUUACGUGCUUCUUUCAACACAGCGAACCACAUUCUGCCUUUUUUCUUGACCAAAGAAGAGGGCCUUUUUUUUCAUCCUUCCAUUGAGGACAAAGGUCCUUACAAACCGGUGGUGAGCUGAGUCUUUCAGCAACCACCCAAGAGGCUACAAAAUGGGGCUGCGUGUGCUGGCUUGAAAAGUGUAAGAAGACCAACUGGAGGGACCAACUAUUUCCUCAUACUAACAGUGGGCAAAUAGCCAACUGACCUCCUUUGGCACAAAGGGUUCUACGCCUGAGCAGGGUCGCCGGGGCCAACUGACGUCUUUUCUCUAGAAAGGGAGCAUUGUUCAGGUUGUGUAAGUGACCAGGAUCUGACCCAGCCCUACUGCAAACAUGGUUGGAAACUGACGCUGGGUCGUUUUUGAUCCAAGGGGUUAAAAAAGAGAAGGUGCGACAGCCAAGUAGUUGUUACUUGCAGUGUCUUUUGUAUUAUUUCCCAUUUUUGGGCUCCAUGGCUGUGACCUCUAUGCGUUUCGCUGAGGUCUUAAGUGUCCAUGCUCCCAGCAGCAGCUCAACAUAACCUAACCAUCCAUAACCCUCUCUUUCUGCUUCUGGCUCCUUCAAAGGGAACUGAUUUUGACUUCUGGUCUUACUGCAUAUUCUGCUGCUGCUGUCUGCAAUAUCUGUAUUUGUGCCAUCUUUGUUGCUGUUUGUUGUUUUUAAAAAAUACGAAUGUUGCCUGGUGCCUUCAUAACUCCAGUCCUGAAGUUGGUGAGCAGGGUGAAAUUCGCUUCCUCUCCAUUCUGUCGCACCAAGUUUUAGGGCUGUGUGCAAUCUGUAGCGAGGGAAUUCUCAGUUCAAAUCAGAUUUGCAGAGAAUUUGACUGAUUCACUUGCAUUUGCAAUAUUUGUGUUUUGACUGACUCUGACUAUAUUGUGCGAGUUUAAUGGAAGGAGAGUCACGGGAAGUGGUGGGGAGAGAUCUGCUUUAAGGAUAGGGUUGCCAGCCUCCAGGUGGUGGCUGGAGAUCUCCCAGAAUUACAACUGAUCUCCAGGCCAUAAAGAUAAGUUCCCCUGGAGAAAAUGGUUACUUUGAAGGGUGAACUCUAUGGCAUUAUACCCUGCUGUGGUCCCUCCCUUCCCCAAACCCUGCCCUCUCCAGGCUCCACCCCCAAAAUCUCCAGGAAUUUUCAAACCUGGGCCUGGUAACUCUAUUUGAGGAUCCAAAGAUCACAAUGUUAUAAAGCCACAGUUGCUUAAACAGAAGGAUCCUCGAAUGCUGCUGUCAUUACUUUGCUACAGUCAGCUUAGAAGCAGAAUUAAAACAGCAGAGCCGCAUGGUAUUUAUUAUAGCACUGUAUUCCUCAUAAAAUUCUCAUCCUCGACAGAGAGGUCAUACGAUUUACUCAGAAGAAAGUCCCAUUUGUGCAACUGUACCUUUAAUCUGAAGUUUUUACCUGUUUGUUUUAAAGAAACUUCCACUUCUUGGCUUCUACCUCUAGUUAAUUUUUUCCAGUUCUUGAACUAGUCUUUAAUUACCUAGUUCUUGUUCCAGGAAGGAGGAGAGUCAAUUACUUUUUUUAUGUGGCCAAAACAAUUGCUAAUUCCUUUUUCAUUAUUGCAAUUAUGCAAUCACAGCCAUAAAAAAAAGAAUAAUGAGCAAUUGCUUUGGCUACACUGAGUAAAUUAGUAAUCAAAGCCCCCCCCCCACACGACUGAAUUUAGCUCAGCUAAUGAAAUGAACAAGCUAACUAUAAGAAGCUAACUAUAAGUCUGAGAAGAAACAGCCUCUCUAAAACAGGCAGGGAGAAAAAUGCCUGAGGACAAUACCCCAAAGAAAGCUCAGGAACAUUUUAUCUAUCCAGACUGGACAGGCCAUGCUGCAAUCAUGUUUUACUUUUAAAAAAAAUCACAAAUCAGGUCUGGGAAAAAACGGGAAGGCAGCAAGGAAAGCAGUGGAAUCCAGUUGUUUGACAACAUUAUCAUCUGUAAAAACAGAAUGAAUUAUUUCCAUUUCAGACUAAAAUGGCUAGUGUGGAACCAAGACAGAAUUCUCACAGUGAUCUUAAACAUACAUUGUGUUUGUCAUUUUUAAGUCAGGUUUCUAGGGUUCCCAGGUGCCUGCCAGUGGCAGGCAAACUCCCGGGGGUUUGCACCCUUGCCCACCAAUCUGCCAGCAAUCAGCAGGAGGUGACAAGCCCCCAGGAGGUCGCCCACCACCAGCAGGCACCCCAGGAGCACGUGUGGCGCGUGCACUCCCAAAGGGCACGGCAACAUCACUGCCAGAAGUGACAUCAUCGUGUCGGCCAUGGGAGUGCUUCUGCACUUCAUUUGAGGCCAUUUGGGCCCCAAACAGGCCAAAUCAGCCCUGCACGGGGCACCGACACACUCUCGUGGCCAGCUCGACAACAUCACUUCCGGGAGUGACAUCAUCGCGCAGGUGCCGGAGCCCGUGCGUAAAGACAAACACACUGCUGGCGUGAGGUAAGUGCCAGGUCCCCGCUCCCACUGGGAGGGUUAUAGGGACCUGGCAACCCUACAGAGGGUUCCCCAGUGUGGUGCCUGUGAGCACCGUGGUGCCUGCCAGUACUUCCCUUGGUGCCCACCAAGCUUUCCAGAAAGUGGGUGGGGCUAUUGUAAGGCAGGGCUCCUCAUUGUCUCCCCUCAUUCAACUGAGUUUGCCGUAGGAGGAUGGAGAGGCCUGGUAAGUAACUGAGCUUUCCUUAGUCCGAGUGUGGUUCCAUCCCCCUUCAAGGUUUCCUUCUUCCCGGGAGGACUGAGGAGGGAGGUAUUCUGUUUGGCUUCACUUUCUGAGGCCGCCAUUCUGAAUUUAGCUCAGCUUCCCGCGGAAGCCAUUUUAGGUGGUACUCCCCACACCUCUCAAAAUUCAAAAGAUGUCCACAGCCUCAAAAAAGUUGGAGACCCCUAUUUUAAGGUUUACUCUCUUAAUAUGAAAAACCUGAAAAUGGAAGUUUCUGAAGCUUCACCACACGUAAAAAUAACUCUUAAUAUUCUCCCCCCAAAGUGAUAAUUAACUACUUAGAAAUUAGCAGUGCUAUGUUACUUUGGGGGACAAUAAGACGAGGUAAGGGAUGUGGCGAGGGCGCCGUUUUUUAAAGCUUUCUGUCCUCCCAAAGCUAUGCCCCCUUCCAGAGAGCAUAUGGGUAACAUGACAUUCUCCUCAUAGGUAUGGAUCCAGACUAAAUGUUCCGUUAGCGGAACAGAAAGACUUGGUGGAAAGAAGUCAUGGGAUCCAACCCUUAAUCUAGAUCCAACCCACACUAUUAUCUAAGGUUUUGUUGUUUGUCUUUCUUUAAGAGGGACUCGAAAUUGUUUCAACAGUUUAAAAAAUCAUGUGGAUAAGCCCUCAGGAAACUAAAUCUCGGCCAAUACCUCACUGUAGAUUUCUUCUGCCUUUCCGGAGUUUGUAAUCCAAGGUAGACAUAUGUUUCUGGCCUUCCCAAAAUAUGGGGGGGGGGCGCUAACAUUUCUCUGCAGUGCUGCUGCCAACACUUUUCCCACUCUGCCCCCCACCACAGCUAGAUCUUCAAUUCCUAGACCCCUCCCCUUCUCUGCUUGCACGCAGUAUCUCCUGAGCCACCAAAGAAGCCAAAACCGUUGUAUGUGGUCUAUUUAUAAACGAUUUUUUUUAUUCCUUAUUUCUGUGCAUAUGACUGUCAUGAGUGUGUCCAAGAGAAUGAGUCCCACCUCCUCUCUGGAUCAGGCUCUGCUCCCCCUAGACUCUGUCAACCUGGGGGGUGGGAGAUGAGGAUGCCUUAAAGGAGCUCCAUCACUCUGCUGCCUUCCGUGCUAAACCAAGGCUUCAAUUCGCGCAAUUCCUCAAGCAAGCUUUACUGUGUUCCUGGCACCUGUGCCUCUUGUAGCAGCCAUUGUUAACUUGUCAUAGCCAAUAAAGAGAGGAGGAAAAUGUA